GAACUGUCUGCUCACCCAAAGCAGAUUCUUCUGGACUUUUUGCUUGCUUACAAGAAGCAGCGUCGCGCUUUGCUGCGGUUUCAGCUUUAGAUUUUUUUUGGAAACCUGAAUUUUAGGAAUGAGAUCUGGAACAGCGAGGGAUGUUUGGACCUUAUUUUGGGGUCCUCUGCUGUUUCUCUCCACCAUCUGCCUGUGGUCUGCGCAUGGAGAAGUCUGUGGUCCUCACAUUGAUAUCCGCAAUGAUAUCAGUGAGUUCAAGAAGCUGGAGAACUGCACGGUGGUGGAAGGCUACCUUCAGAUCCUCCUCAUUGGAGACAAGAACAAUAACCUCAACCAGGAGCACUUUCGCACCCUGUCCUUUCCCAAGUUGAACAUGGUCACUGACUACCUUCUCCUGUUCCGAGUCUCCGGCCUUGAUAGCCUCAGCAUGCUCUUCCCCAACCUCAGUGUCAUCCGAGGACGCAACCUGUUCUACAACUACGCCCUGGUCAUUUUCGAAAUGACCAGCCUGAAAGAUAUCGGCCUCUACAACCUGAGGAACAUCACCAGAGGCGCGAUCAGAAUUGAAAAGAACCCGGAGCUGUGCUACUUGGACUCGGUGGACUGGUCACUCAUUAUGGAUGCAGAGUUUAACAACUACAUCGCUGGGAACAAGCAGUCCAAAGAAUGCGGUGAUGUUUGUCCAGGUAUCAUGGAGGAUAGCCCGCAGUGCAUUAGGACCAGCUUCAAUGACAACUACAGCUAUCGCUGCUGGACUUCAAACGACUGCCAGAAAGUGUGUCCAAAGGAGUGUGAGAAGAGGGCGUGCACGUAUAAGGGCAAGUGCUGUCACCCCCAGUGCCUUGGCAGCUGCACUGAACCAGACAAUGAUAAGGCCUGUGCCGCCUGCCAGCAUUACUUUCACGAGGACCGCUGCGUUGAGGCCUGCCCGCCGGGCACAUACAAGUUUGAAGGUUGGCGCUGCAUCACCAUGGACAUGUGUGCCCGUGUUCACCUACCCAGUGAGGUCGACUUUGUCAUUCACAAUGGAGAGUGUAUGCCGGACUGCCCUUCCGGAUUCACCCGGAAUGAGACUGAGAGUAUGUUUUGUAGCGCAUGUGACGGACUGUGCGAUAAGGUCUGCGAAUCUAAAACAAUUGACUCUGUGGACGCUGCUCAGUCCCUGCAGGGCUGCACAGUCAUCAAAGGCAACCUUCACAUCAACAUCCGACGGGGCAAUAACAUUGCAUCAGAGCUGGAGAGUUUCAUGGGUCUGAUCCAGACAGUGACUGGAUAUGUAAAGAUCAAACACUCUCAAACUCUGGGCUCUCUGUCCUUCCUCAAGAGCCUGCGAUACAUUAAUGGAGAAGAGCUCACUGAGCAGUCGUAUGCAUUCUCUGCAAUCGACAACCAGAACUUGCAGUAUCUGUGGGACUGGAGUCAGCACAAUCUGACCAUUAAAACUGGGAAAUUGUUCUUCCGCUUCAAUCCCAAGCUUUGCAUGUCUGAGAUCCAGAAAAUGUGGGAGAAGACAGAGGUUAAGGAAAAGAUGGAAGAGGAUGAUGCUCGUAGCAAUGGAGAACGAGCAAGUUGUAAGAGUUAUAUUCUAAAGUUCAAAUCCAACCACACUCAGAGUACUCGGAUAAAGCUCACUUGGGAGCGAUAUCGACCGCCUGACUACAGAGACCUCAUCAGCUUCAUCGUGUAUUACAAGGAGGCACCAUUCCAGAACAUCACAGAAUUUGACGGACAAGAUGGCUGUGGCUCAAAUAGCUGGAACAUGGUGGAUGUAGACCUUCCUCAGGACAAAUCUACAGACCCAGGGGUAUUGUUGUCCUCUCUUAAACCCUGGACACAAUAUGCCAUCUUUGUGAAAGCCGUCACCCUGGUUGUAGAAGACAAGCACAUUCUGGGGGCUAAGAGUGAGGUGGUCUAUAUCCGCACCAAUGCAUCAGCGCCAUCAAUGCCCCUCGAUGCCCGUGCAUAUGCCAACUCCUCCUCAUCUCUGAUGGUGAAGUGGUCUCCUCCCAUCUCUCCUAAUGGAAACAAAACCUUCUACCUGCUCCGCUGGCAGCAGCAGACAGAAGACCGUGAACUCUACCAGCAUAACUACUGCUCUAAAGAGCUAAAAAUUCCCAUCCGCAUCUCAGCCACGGCUUUGUCAGACAUGGAGGGGGAAACAAAGCCCACCAAAUCAGAUGUUGGUGGGGGUGAGAAGAUAUGCUGCAUCUGCCCAAAAACCAAGGAAGACCUUAAGGCUGAAGCUGAAGACAGAUCUUAUCGAAAAGUCUUUGAGAACUUCCUGCACAACUCCAUCUUCACACCCAGACCUCCAGACAGGAAACGGCGAGACCUAUUUGGAGUGGCCAAUGGCACACUGCUGCAAGGUGCAAGCAGGAACAUCACAGGAAUGGAGAGUAACAUCACUGACCCAAAGCUGCAUGAGAAAGAGUAUCAUUUCUCCGAGGACAAAGUCUUUACAGAGUUCAUGGAGAUAUCCAACCUGCAGCCCUUCACUGUGUACCGCAUCGACAUCCACGCCUGUAACUACGAGAUCCACCGCUGCAGUGCCGCGGCUUUUGUGUUCUCUAGAACCAAACCAGCAGACAAAGCGGAUGAUAUUCCCGGCACUGUAACUCAGGAGAGGGAUGAGAAGGGAGAAGGAACAGUGCUGCUGCGGUGGCCUGAGCCUCAUCACCCUAAUGGACUGAUCCUCAUGUAUGAGAUCAAAUAUCGUCUGGGAACUGAGCCAGAGAAGCAUGAGUGUGUAUCACGGCAGCAGUACAGAGUACUGCGAGGAGCUCAGAUUAGCAAUUUGCCCUCUGGAAAUUAUUCUGCCCGGGUCAGAGCCACAUCUUUGGCUGGGAACGGGUCGUGGACUGAACCAGUGUCCUUCUAUGUGCCGCCCCCUAAAAGAAAUUAUGAUAAUGCCAUAUUACUGGCCAUCAUCCUUCCUAUUAUAGUGCUAGUGUUGCUCGCUGCAGUGAUUUCCAUUCUCAUCUUUGUCACCAAAAAGAGGUUGAUGUCCCAUCUAGUAAAAAACAUAGAUUUAAUUUUUAUUUCCAGUGUCCAGUACUGUUUUUCAUUGUGUUUUUAUGUGUUUCCUUUCAGGAAUAGUGACAGGUUAGGAAAUGGUGUGCUAUAUGCUUCUGUAAACCCUGAAUACUUCAGUCCCUUUGAAAUGUAUGUACCGGAUGAAUGGGAAGUGGCUCGGGACAAAAUCACCAUGUGUCGUGAGCUGGGUCAGGGCUCCUUUGGUAUGGUGUACGAGGGCAUCGCAAAGGGCGUCGUCAAAGAUGAACCUGAGACCAGAGUGGCCAUCAAGACUGUAAAUGAAUCCGCUAGUAUGCGUGAACGCAUUGAGUUCUUGAAUGAAGCUUCAGUUAUGAAAGAGUUCAACUGUCACCAUGUGGUGCGACUUUUGGGUGUGGUUUCACAAGGACAGCCCACUCUAGUUAUAAUGGAGCUGAUGACACAGGGUGAUCUGAAGAGCUACUUGCGUUCCCUCCGUUCCAAAGAGCAGGGCUCUAGCAGCCAGUCUCUGCCACCACUGAAGAAGAUGAUUCAGAUGGCCAGUGAGAUAGCGGACGGGAUGGCAUACCUCAAUGCCAACAAGUUUGUCCAUCGGGACCUGGCUGCCAGAAAUUGCAUGGUUGCUGAAGACUUCACAGUGAAAAUUGGAGACUUUGGCAUGACAAGGGACAUCUACGAGACUGAUUACUAUCGCAAAGGAGGCAAAGGGUUGCUGCCAGUGCGCUGGAUGUCCCCGGAGUCUUUGAAAGAUGGAGUGUUCACAACUAAUUCUGAUGUCUGGUCGUUCGGCGUGGUUUUAUGGGAGAUCGCCACUUUAGCAGAGCAGCCCUACCAGGGGAUGUCCAACGAGCAGGUACUGCGCUUCGUCAUGGAGGGAGGACUUCUGGAUAAACCGGACAACUGUCCCGACCUGCUGUUUGAACUGAUGCGGAUGUGCUGGCAGUACAACCCUAAGAUGCGACCGUCUUUUCUGGAAAUCAUCAACAGCAUAAAAGAGGAACUGGAGUCGCCCUUCCGGGAAGUUAGCUUUUUCUACAGUGAGGAGAACAAGCCACCAGACACUGAGGAACUGGACAUGGAGGUGGAGAACAUGGAGAACGUUCCACUGGAUCCUGCUUCCACGUUGGCCCCCUCCUCUCAGGGCAGCACACGUGCUCAGGCCCAGAGUCCACAGCCACUCUCCCCAGCUCAGGGGCCAGGGACGCCGAUGGGGUCUGCCCCGACCCCCUCCACCUCACCACCUUCCUCCUCCUCCUCAGCCUCUCCAGGCCUGGUCUUAGACAAGCACUCAGGACAGGUAGCAGCAAACGGGCCAGUGUUACUGCUGGGGCCAGCGUUUGAUGAGACGCAGCCCUAUGCACACAUGAACGGAGGGAGGAAGAACGAGCGAGCACUGCCACUGCCUCAGUCAUCGGCCUGCUGAUCAUGACUGCUCAGACUCCCUCUACUCCUCACACAGGGUACCUACAUUUCCCUCGCCCUUUUGUCUUCAUGGUCAUAUGUUUUUUCUUUCGUUCUCGAGGAGUCUAAACCCAGGGCUGACCGUAGAGUCCAUAACCAGAUGGACUGUGUUCUUUCUGGAAAUCUGAGGAUCAUUUUGUUCAAAUGAUUUCGAAUGAUGGAGGAUGUUUCGGGCAAUUGGUGACUACAAGCCUACAAAGACUUUUGCAAUAUUUAAGGUUUCAGAACAAGCCACCACACUGGAGAGCCCUGGCUUUCAUUUGUGUGGGGAAAAAAAGUUGUAAUGUUUUCUAAAGGAAGAAAACCUGCCAGUUCUUUGUGAAACAAAAGAGACACGCAUAUUAGCCAGCAAGCCCAGCUCGUGAACACUUCCAGAGUGUAUACAGUGUUUUUUUUAGACAAAAAUACACAUUCCCCUCCUCAGAGCAAGUAUUUUUCUUCCUUUAAAACCGUCUUUAUCAUCACAUUUCUCUUUGAAGAUGCAGCAGAAACUUUCUCAGCUGCAAUCACUUGUUCUCAAUCGGUGA